CUUCUUCUUCUUCUUCUUCUUCACCCCCUACGUCUAGGGUUCCUCCCCCCCUGCAACGCUCCCGUUCCCAUGGCGCUCCAGCUCAGAAGCCGGCGGAGAUCCCUCCCCGGCCCUUCCCUCGUCCGCUUCUUCUCCGAGAAGCAAGACCCAGAUGCCGAAUCGCCUCCGCCGCCCAACUCCUCUCCCGACGAAACCGACUCGAAGCCGCAGUCUUCAACCCCACGCUUCUCUCUCUCUAACUACUUGAGCGACGUCAAAGCCAGGCUUCGACAGCAGCAGCAGCAGCAGCAGCAGCAGCAAUACAACAGACCCACUUUCUCGUCUUCGUUUCCGGCCUCGGGUGCGCCGGAGCAGCGGCCUUCGGGGAUCGCUUACGCCGAGAGAAUCCGGCAGAACCUCUCCGAGUUUCGCCGCCGGUCUGAGCCGCCGGGCCCCGUGGACUCCAAUGCCCGGCCCGUCACUUUCCAGGAGCUGUACAACCGCAAUGUGGUGGCGAGGAGCGGGGAGGCUGGCCCGGGUGGUCCCGAGCGGGGCGUCGCGAGGCCGGGCGCGAAGGUCUCCUGGGAUGGGAUUCGCGAGAGCCUGAAGAAGGUGGGGUCCAGUCAGAACGCCGCUUCCGACGCCCUUCCGAAGAGCGGGGACUCGAUGUCGCACUCGCGGUUUAGGGAUGCUCUGAAGAUGAGGCUGGGGCAGGGGGGCUCAGGGUCGGGCCCGGGCUUUGUGGCUAUCGGAGGCGGCGAGAAUUUGCCGCUGUCGGUGUUUGGGAAGGAGAUGAGGGAGAGAAAGGAAGGGGAAGGGAAAGGGAGCGAUGGCAGGUUGAAUACGGAGUUGUUGAGGACGUAUAGUUAUGCAGAUUUGGGAGGGAAGUUGAAGAUGUUGAGGUCAGAGAGCGUGGCCAAAGGUAGAGAUGGGAAGGGGUGGUUUUCACUGGAGGAGUUGAAUGAGAGGUUGGUGAAGCUGAGGGAGAUGGAGGAGAAGGAGUCCGAGUCACGGAUCGGAGGGGCUUCUUUCAGGGAUUUGAGGUUCAGUCUGUCCCAAAUGAAUGUGUCUGAGGAUGAGAAGACGAAGAGGACGACGCUCCAGAGACUAAAUGCAUUAGUACAGUUAGGGGGAACUCCAGACUUCAUGCUGCAUCCUCCAAAGGAACAUCUAGUUGAAAAGUACUUCCAUCCAGAUAACAUGUCUUCAGCAGAAAAACUGAAGAUUCAGCUUGCAGAAGUGAGGAACGAGUUUAAAAUGUCAGAGUCAGACUGUGGAUCUGCACGUGUGCAAGUGGCGCUGCUGACAACAAAGAUAAAGCAUUUAGCGAAAGCCUUGCACAAAAAGGAUAAGCAUUCUCGAAAAGGGCUUGAGGCAAUGGUGCAGCGAAGGAAGAGGCACUUGAAGUAUUUGCGAAGGACAGACUGGGAUUCAUACAGCCUGGUUCUCUCUAAGCUUGGUCUGCGCGAUAACCCGGACUACAAGAACGCAUGAAUGCAAGGAAGCAAACCAAGUCCCUUUCAUCUUUAGCGCAUCGAAUGAAACUCAGGAAUUCUGGUGCAUCAGAGGCUUGCGCGUUCUUUUGGGUCGGAGCGAUGUAGCCGGCACUCUUGUUUCUUUCGAUUUUAAGUUUCCUUUCACUUUAUUCUGAUUAUGAUGGUUCUUCCUUGGAAUGCAUCGUGUUCUUGAACCAGACUUGGCCAAAUGGGACAUGCAUUCUUAACAUUGUGCAAUAAUGUUGCUCAGCCACAGGAAAGAUGGCAAAGAUGUAGUUUUUAGGGGAUUUGCCUCAAAGUUGUUUUGAUUUUUGGGGACAAUAUGUUGCAAAGGGUGAUUGUUUGAAUUGGUUUUGCAAGUUGAAUUUA